CCAUGCUGAGUAGGCACACAGCCUCGAUCGUUCGAGAAAGAGAACAUAAAAACAUGGCUCGUCUGUCCAUCGUAACGCUUUUAGUAGCGAUAACAAGUUGGGCAGUGAUGUACGUCAACGCUGACUUAACUGUCGAAAAACAACUGGAACUACUAAACAGAAAUUUAGUCCAAAUGCAUGAAAUGUUUGAAGCCAAAGUAAAUCGACUGGAAGCUCUCGAGAAUAAAGUUAGGCAACAAGAGUCACUCAUAAGCGCAUUGCAGAGAGAGAGGACAUUCAGAGCAGCUGCCGGAGGCAAUGUAACUCUUAGACAAGCAAUAUCUAAAAUCCCACGAUCCUGUGCAGAUCUGAAAAACCUGGGGCACGUCUCUAGCGGAUUGUUUUCCGUCAUGGGAGCCAAAUCUGUCGAGAUGGUUUUCUGCGACUUUUGUAAACAGUCAACUGACGCGGGUUUCCAGACGUGGAUCGGAAUCGAAGAAGUCAAAUCAGCACCCACAUAUUUUAUGGUUCAGUUGGUUCGAAAUUUCAGAGAGCAAAAUGUUCCGAUUCCGUUCGACGUUGAGCCAGUCAACAUCGGAAGAGCCAUGAAUUUGCAGACAGGAAAAUUCACCGCACCGCGACCGGGAACCUAUUUCUUCUCUUUCACCGGAUGGGUUUAUUUCCCACCAGUUCCGCUGAAAGACGACUUCAACGUGUUCCUUUACUUGAACGGCAACAGCAUCGCCAGAGGUCACGUGAACGAGAUGACCAACAACAAGCAAGUUUUCGGGGAACUUAUGGAAACGUUCACCAUGCAAGCGACGCUCAGUCUCAAAGCGGGAGACCAAAUUUGGUUAAUGGUUGCCUAUUCGUCAGCCGGCCUAGUUCUGUGUGGUAGCAAUGUCACUCAUUUCACCGGUUUUAUGCUACAAGAGGACAUUUCGCAAUCCGUCAAAUUGUCGAUUUGAGUCGAUAUGAUGUAAUGCAAGUUGCAAUACAAUUAAAAAGGGUUCAAAGAGAAAAACAAA